AUGAGAUUGUGUAUUUUAAUAUCGAUAUGCCUUACACAAGUUUUGUCAGAAGGCACCGAGGAAAGAGAAUCACUAUUGGUUCAAACUAACUCUGGUCUGGUUCGAGGAUAUAAGGAUCCGAAAGAGGAUGUCUUCGUGUUCCUUGGAAUACCAUACGCUACAGCACCUACUGGUGCACAAAGAUUUAAGGUGAACUCUUGUUUCAUAAUGACCUUAGAAUACUAUUAA